GGCAAAACAUUGGUGUUGUGAUUUCUGUAAACAAACAAUGUCUUUUAGAGAGGAAAAAAGAAAGAGAGCCAAGAAUUUCUCGGCAGAAGAAGAACUGGUGCUCACAAUGCUGGCGGAUGAAAAGAGAAACGUGCUGGGCCUAAGAAAAUCGGAUGCUAUAACGUGGAGGCGCAAGAUGCAAGCGUGGAAGGAUGUUGCGGAUUUACACUUCCAGCAAACAGGCGUACGCCGGGAAUGGAAAGCACUGCGAGAGAAAUAUGUAAAUAUACGACGCCGAUCGGAAGGGAAACCAAUUGGCAGUAAUAAAACGCUUCGCUUAUAUAGCAGUCUAGAACCAUCGAUGCGAAGAGAUGAUCCAACACGUAUUAUUAACAAGGCGUUGGAUAGCGAUGCUUCUUCUGAUAUCGACAACGCCAUGAGUUACGUGGAGAAGGAUGAAUUACUAGCUGAUACCACAGAAGUGCACAAUCCUGCUCGAGAGGAAGACCUGAUUGCCACAAGAACCGAGUGGCUUUCUGGAAAUAUACGCACACAGAGUCUACCUAAAUCCUGUAAUCGCAAUCUAGAGGAGGAGACCAUAAACUUAAUACGCUUACAGCAGGACUUCUUUCGAAGUAAAAACCAGCGGGCACAGGAAAAACAUGAUCUUGAAAUGCGCAGAGAGAAAUGGAAACUCGAGCAGGAAGUACAGGAGGGAAAGUUGCGAAUAGAGAUGAUUGAACUGGAGAUCAUGGAAAAGAGAGCCAAACUUGAUAUGAAAUAAUGUUAUUAUAUUUC